CCCGUGUUUCAGCUCUUCUCUAGGGUUCACGCACGCUUGACAACGUUCUCUUCUCCUCUUCAUCGUCGCCGCCAGGAGAGGGUUUCUCGAGAUCGCUCUCGUCCUUCUCUCUCUUUUACUCGGAAUCAAUCACAAUGUCGACUGUCACGUUGCCUUGCGCCUGCUUGCCAAAGAGCAGCAUCAGAACCUCGAGCCCCAAGUUGUUGCUUAAGAGUCCCUUGUCCCUGGGUUCUUCAAAGAAUGUCUCAAAGACCUUUGGCGUGAAGGUAUCAAAUUGCUUCAAGGUAACUGCAAUGGCCGUCUAUAAGGUUAAAGUCGUUGGACCAGAUGGUUCCGAGCAGGAAUUCGAAGCUCCAGAUGAUACCUACAUCUUGGAUUCAGCUGAAACUGCUGGGCUUGAUUUGCCCUACUCGUGCAAGGCGGGCGCUUGCUCUACUUGUGCAGGCAAGCUCAUGUCCGGGUCUGUUGAUCAAUCAGAUGGAUCUUUCCUUGAUGACACCCAGAAGGCCAGCGGCUACGUCCUGACGUGUGUUUCAUACCCAACCUCAGACUGUGUCAUUGAGACUCACAAGGAGGGUGAUCUUUAUUGAUCAUUUUGAAUAUGAAUGGAGAUAAAAAUGUAGAUGAGGCAUCUGUUCUGUGGUUCUGAUCUUGUUGUAGUUCAGUUUCUGGAGCAGAGUUUCUCUGGGCGAUGGUGUUGGUUUACUAUUUUUUAACUGAGUUUGUUAGUCAGUGCAUGUUUGCGGGAUUAUUUCCAAAAACAUUCGAUCACUUCAUCAAAAUAAACUAUCGCAAAACAUGCGUCAUCCCAAUAAA